AUGUCUCAUAUCGCAGAAAUCCGUGCUAAAAUGCCAGAAGGUGUACAAGUAAAAGCUGUAAAAAAGAAUUCUGAAAUUGCAAAAGCAAUGCGUUCAGGAAAAAUUGUAGAAACAGCAAAAAAAUUUAAUGCCGGUGGAAAUAAACAACAUCAAUCUACUAUGAAUUCUCUUAAACUUGCUGAAGAGACGGAAGAAUUACAUCAUGAUCGUGUACCACUUGAUCUUGGAAAAACUAUUCAAAGAGUUCGUACUGAAUUGGGAAUGUCCCAGAAAGAUUUAGCUGUUAAAAUUAAUGAAAAACAAUCUGUAAUAACAGAUUAUGAAAAUGGUAGAGCUAUUCCAAAUCAACAAAUAUUUUCUAAAUUGGAACGAGUACUUAAUGUCAAACUUCGUGGUAAAGAUAUUGGUAAACCAUUUCCAGCUAAAAAAGCUCCACCAAAAAAAUAA